GCUAGCAAUUUUGCGCUAAAUGCGCUUUUAAAUAACGGCUUAACGUUUGUAGCGCGCAAAUUGUUCGGCCGAUAUAGUAUAAAAAGAUUUGGCUUUUUGGAUAGCUUUGCGGGCGCGAAAUUAAGCUUUGGUAAGCUUUUUAAAAAGUUUCGAUAUCGUUUCGGGCAACCGUUUGUAAACGUUAACGGCAUAAUUUUAAUAUAUUUAACGACCAAAAUAACGGUUAUAAAAUACCGUACGCUUCGUAUAAUUAUUUUUAAAAAGGGGCAAACAAAUAAGGUUUUAAUUAUCGCUUUAUUGGAAAUCGAUAACCUUUUGCAACGAAAGCGCGUUACGGAUACCUAUAUAAAACGAAAAAAAAGCAAUGUUCGUUUCGGGGGCAAAUCCAUUGGAAUUAAAAGCGUUGCGGCGGCGUUCGUCGCGCGUUUUACGCUUUUUUUUGGCGGAAGUUUUUUUGCCGCGGCGGUUAAAGCCCGCCGGGGGGUUACCGGCAAAACGCUUGCGGGAAUUUUAAAAGGUUGCAAGCGCAAAAAGGCCCAAUAA